UUACCAGAUUUCACUUACUUUCUCAUUUAACUUUCUUUUCUUUGGGACACUGGGCCCCGCCUCCAUCCCGUUGUCUUCCUGUUCUUCUUCUACUUCUUCGUCAUCUAUGUCAAUGACCUCCGCUUCCCUCCUCCUCUGCUCCUCCGCCUUUCGAACCCGCUGCAUCUCCAGCAGUUUCUGCUGCUGCUCCUCCCUGCUUUUCCUUUCCGCUUCAACUCUCUUCCUCUCCGCUUCUACCCGUUGUCUCUCCGCCUCCGCCUCCGCCUUCAGUCUCUCCUCCUCCUCCUCUAGCCUCCAGGCUUCCGCAAUCUCCGCUUCUUCCCGCUUCUCUUCCUCCUCCCGCUCUUUCCGCCGACGUUCUCGUGCUUCUUUGAGCCUUGCUCGUUGCGCAGCAGGGGGGAGGGAGGAGCCGGCUUUGUUGUUGGAACUCAUAGUGUUUUUUUUGUAGAGGAUGGUGGUUUAGGAAGUUAUCCGAAGUGAAGAAUCUCCACCAG